AUGAUUCUCGCAAUAUCAAUUCGCAGGCUGGGAGUUAUCGUGGGAUUCAUAAUGUUAACAGUGGGUCUGUUCUGUGCAGUAGGCUUACGAGUCGGGUUAACCGAAGAGGGGAAUAUGAAUAGAGAGGAUUUACAGAUUACGAUAGAUGCACAACGCGUCACAUUUGCCGCACCUCCUAUUCUCAGAGAGGGUAAUUGGUUCGUGCCUUUGGAACCUUUCGCCAAGCAGCUCGGCUUAAAAGUCGAGUACCCAGAGGGUGCGAAGAUGGUGGUUCUCUGCGGUGGUGUGACAUCAGAACUCUGUGUGCCUCUCGAAUUCCAAGAUAGUGCGAAGGGUGUUGUUGAUGUUGAUGGCGUAACUUAUGUUCAACCGGCGCGAGUUACGGAGCCCUUCGGCUUUGAAAUCUACGAAGUAUCAGCAAAUCAGUUGGAGGUUAUUCAACCUAUGCACCUUGCACCCGAAUUCACGCUCCUCGACCUCGAAGGGACACCAAGACGCUUACGGGAUUUCAGAGGGAAAAAGACACUCCUCUAUGUUUGGGGUUCGUGGUGA